AUUUCAGAUAUACCUGAUGACAUGUGGUCGCCAUUUAAACAGCUCUAUAAAGUUAUAGAACAGACCGUAAUUAACCCAAACGAAGCAGCUAUAUCAAAUUUGGAAGUAUGUCUAAAACGCCACAAGCAGAUUUUUGUAAACUUACUGCGAAAUCCGCCCAAGAGUGAAGCCAACCGGUCCCAACUUAGAGCUUAUGUUACUCAAGGGGUUCCCAUUCAUGCAAGUGGUAGAGCUUUGCCUAUAUCGAAGGAUCUUAUAGAAGAAGCUAUGAUUAUUUCCGACAUGUUUGAUCUGGACGAGUUUCUGGCACUUGAAUUGCUAUGCACAGCUCAACAUCAAAUGAUACAUUAUCCUAGACUCCCCCGGGGCUUAGUAGCAAUACUUUUGUACUAUGAUGGUCGAAAAGCUGUUGCUAAUUCUAUUCGAGAUCUUUUUCAAAUUACAAGUGGUAUAUCAUGGGUUCCAGAAUCUCCAACGAAAUUAGUUCAAUUGGUUUCGUCGUUUUCGCAAACAUUAGUAGAUGAUUCUAAUAUAUUAGAUAGAAUCGUAGAUCUACUAAAUGAAUUGGAUAUUGUCAAAGAGAUGGCGCUACUAACUAAAAAUAGGGCUCUUGGAGACAAUAAACAUCAAAAUCAAGUGAUUGAAUUGUUCGAGGACAUACGUAUUUCUUUAGCUAUGGCACUGUUUAAUUGGUCCGCUCAAAGGGGAUUGCCGAAGAUGAACACAUUGAAAUUAAUUAAAAGUUUAUCCCAACAUAAAUCUCUAGAAGCAAAUGGAGAAAUAGAAAACACUACCCUUGCCAUGCUCAUGGCUUUACUAUAUUCGUAUGAUACCAGUAUUUUGCAAAAACAAGAUGACAGCCAUUUGAUACAGAAUUUGUAUAUUAUAAAAGAUCAUGAAUAUGUACAGCAUGUGUAUAACGCGUUAAUGAAUGAAUCGAAUUCGGAUCACAACAGCGGUAUUUUAAGUUUAGUGAAGUUUUCCUUUGGAUUGGCUAUUUCGGGUUUACGCCAUGCCUCACAAUACAUGCACAAUCAUACCACCGUAACCGACUAUGACGAACAGCUGAUAGAUGAGGCGAUUUGUUCAAACGUAUUCAAAUUUAUUUAUUGUUAUGUUCUGGAAAAAGAGAUGACAUAUCAGAAUCAAUUCUUCUAUAGAAGAAUACAUAUGCUAUUUACCGAUUUCAUUGAUUUUAUGCAUUCGAAAGUUACUGAGCUACGCGGACGUGCUGAUGAGACAUCGAAAACAGUUGUGAGCUUUACAAGUCAAGGAUUGGAACCGCCAACAAAUUUGGAUUAUAAUUUCGAAAUGCUUUUAUUAUGCAUUGGCAAAUUUUAUGCUGACGACAAGGCAGGACUUUCAUUGUGUUCUGAAUAUUGGGGCCCACUGGAGCCCUCCACAAACUACGUAACAACAACACGAUCAGUAUCUCUUUUUAAAUUCAUACGCUUAGCAGGUGAAUUAUUGCCAGCAACAUUGUUUGUGCCAUAUUUGAAAAUGAUUGCUGGUUUAUCUAGCUGUGAAAGGUCUUCUCGAAGUACAUUCAAUUUACUGAAGCAAUCAGCAGGGCUAACGGGAAGUAAUGCUUUAUCUUGGGAACACUUCUUUUCUUCGUUAUCUCGAUACUAUAC